AGUGCGCAUGUCAGUUUCGAAGCCCUCACUCUUCACACGUCAUUGAAUUGCUCCCUCUUUCGCCGCGAGUUUCCCGGAGACAGGUUUCCAGCCACCAUGAGCUUCACAAUUGAGGAAAGAGGACACCCUAAUACUCUGAGUUAUAGGGUGUUUUACAAAAACUCGGAUGGGAAAUACAUUUCACCAUUCCAUGACGUACCUAUGUUUGCAGAUGAAGCCCAGAACAUUUUCCACAUGGUUGUUGAAGUACCACGAUGGACAAAUGCAAAAAUGGAGAUUGCCACAAAAGACCCUCUCAACCCAAUAAAGCAGGAUGUGAAGAAGGGUAAUUUGCGCUACGUGGCAAAUGUUUUCCCACAUAAAGGCUACAUCUGGAACUAUGGUGCAAUUCCUCAGACAUGGGAAGACCCUGGCCACACAGACUGUGAUACAGGAUGUUGUGGUGAUAAUGACCCAAUUGAUGUCUGUGAAAUUGGUAGCAAGGUGUGCUCCCGAGGAGAUAUUAUCAAAGUAAAAGUCCUGGGUGUUCUGGCGAUGAUUGAUGAAGGUGAAACUGACUGGAAGGUUAUUGCAAUCAAUGUUGAUGACCCAGAAGCAAAGGACUUGAAUGAUAUUAGUGAUGUUCAGCGACUCAAACCAGGCUACCUCGAAGCCACUGUGGACUGGUUUAGACGCUACAAGGUGCCAGACGGAAAGCCUGAAAACCAGUUUGCUUUUAAUGGAGAGUUCAAAGACAAGGACUUUGCUAUUAAGACUAUCAAAAGCACCCAUGAGUUCUGGAAAGCGCUUAUCUCACAGCAUAGCAAUGCUGGGGAGCUGAACUGUAAAAACACUUGUGUGUCGGAGGCAGGCAGUCCAUUCUGCUUCUCACCGGAGGAAGCCAAAGCAGUUGUUGAUGGAACUUCUCCUUUAGGAGAUGCAGGAUCCAUUCCAAACUCAGUUGACAAAUGGUUUUAUUAUGAGAAGUGAUGGAAGAGCAAUACAUGGACCAGUCUGAUCUCAUCUAUUUAGACUAUGUAUGUGUAAUGCAGAGAUGGGUAAUUUACAGGGUCUAGAAAGUGUCAUGAUAGCUGUGAGAAGUUAACAUGUCUUGCUAAAUUUAUUUUUCAAUUAUUUAAUCAAGGUGUCAUUAGAUACUGUAUACUGUGUAACAGAAAACUCAACAGUCUGGUCAAACUCAGGUACUGUGUGGUUGCUUUAAUAAAGUUUUUUUCCUGACACA